AAUCUAGCCUCCCCUUGCCUAUGCGCUCUAUGGGCCUGUCACAUCAGCGCAAGGGCUUAGUCGUGGGAUGAACGGCUGAGAAUGGCUUGGCUCGGACAGCAACGACCGCGGAAUACAAUGUGACUUGCUUCUUGAGCGGAGAAAAGAAGUAUACCAGUAGCACACAGGAAGCCGCCGGCGCUCCACAUGGGCGCUCCACAUGGGCGGUGCACGUGUGGUCACGGUGAGGCAUCACGUCGAACACGGGCUUGGACAAGUGCUGCCGGGCCUCUCCCCAUCUUCGCUGCCAUUGCGAAAGAACUUUGCGUGCGACAUCGCCCGGAAACUGGCUCCACGACGUCCAGCCUUGCUAUCCAGUGUUGCGCAUCUACUAGCCCCGUGCGACUCCCCACCCUUUCGGUCGGGAACUCGCCUCAGCCUAUAGUACCAUGUCUCGGGAAAUCACGACCGAGCACCGGGCUCACACACUUUCCCUGCAUUGCGCCCAUCCGCGGCAUAACCUUCUCCCACGGAUGUUUGCUCUCCACAACAUGCAGUGCACCGACCGGUCUUCAAACACGAGCGACAAAGAGGCUUGGAACACACAUGGGCCAGGCGGUCAGAUGGCGCUGCGUGCUUGAAUCAACAUGGGACGGACGCUUUAUACACUUGCCGAGCGGUUGGCAUCUGUAUCGCGGAGUCCACCCCUCUGGCCUAAUCCUCUUCUGAGAUGGAUUCAUAACGGGUGACUGUAUCACAAAAGUCCGACCGAAUC